AUGACUUUAGACGAGAAAGAAACCGCAUUAGUAGAAAACCAGUCGUUUGACAAAGUUUCAACUGGAGAACAUUUAGAAGCCUUUCCAGAUGACCAGCAUUAUGACUAUGAAGACCCAAAGAAUUAUUUCGAUUACUACAUCGAUGAACAUAAUCCUAGGGGUUUAAGAAGACCAACUAAGGAAGAAUAUGGUUCUUUGAGGAGAAUUCUUGGACAUGCUCCUUAUGUAGCUUAUUUACUUUGUUUGGUCGAGUUAGCUGAAAGAGGUUCUUACUAUGGAGUCACUGGAUGUUUAGCAAACUUUAUUCAGAGACCUUUACCAAAAGAUGGUAACUCAGCUGGUGCUCCUACUAGGGGUACAUCGGAGCUGGCUGGUGCCUUGGGUAAAGGUUUGCAAGCAGCUUCUGGGUUGACUUUGUUGUUGACAUUUUUAGCCUAUGUUACCCCAUUAUAUGGUGGUUUUAUUGCUGAUACUAAAUUUGGUAAAUUCAAGGCCAUUUGGAUCGGUGUGAUUGUUGGAGCCAUCUCUCAUGUUUUAUUCAUUAUUGCUGCUCUUCCAACUGUCAUUUCUGGUGGAGCAGCUUUAGCUCCUACAAUUAUUGCAAUUCUUACAUUGGCUGUUGGUACUGGUUUUAUCAAGCCAAAUUUGUUACCAUUGUUAAUGGAUCAAUACCCUGUGGGUAUUGAUGUUGUAAAGGUCUUACCAAGUGGUGAAAAGGUUAUUGUUGAUCGUCAAAAGACUUUAGAAAGAAUGACUUUAGUCUUCUACUGGUCCAUUAAUGUUGGUGCAUUCUUACAAUUGGCAACUUCAUACUGUGAAAGACUUAUUGGUUUCUGGUUAGCUUUCUUGAUUCCUGGUAUCUUAUACUUUGUGAUGCCAAUUGUCUUAAUUUAUUUGAAACCAAGGGUCACCAAGACUGCCCCAGAAGGAACUGUUCUUACUCAAGCUUGGAGAGUUACAGCUGUCACUCUUAGAGGAAACUGGAUCAAAAGGUGGAAGAAUGGUGAGUUAUGGGAAUAUGCUAAACCAGCAAACAUGAUUGCCCGUGGUGAAGAAUAUUACAAGGAAAAGACGAAGUCACCAAUUACUUGGAAUGACAAGUGGGUUUUGGAUAUUAAACAGACUGUCAAUGCUUGUAAGAUUUUCGUAUGGUACCCAAUCUUUUUAAUUAAUGAUGGUGGUAUUGGUACGGUGCAAACUUCUCAAGCUGGUUCUAUGACUACUAACGGUGUUCCAAAUGAUUUGUUCAACAAUUUCAAUCCUUUGACCAUCAUUGUUUUCAUCCCAAUCUUGGAUUAUGUUAUUUACCCAACUUUGAGGAAGUAUAAGAUCCCAUUCAGACCAGUUUGGAGAAUCACAUUUGGUUUCGUUUUAGCUGCUCUUUCGCAAGUCGUUGGAGCUGUUAUUCAAUACAGAAUUUAUAAGACAUCUCCAUGUGGCUACUAUGCUACAACAUGUGACGAAGUUUCACCUCUCUCGGCUUGGCUCGAAGUCAUCUUGUUUAUUUUGCAAGCUGCUUCUGAAUGUUUUGCUAUGACAUCUGGUUAUGAAUUAGCAUACACAAGGUCUCCACCUCAGAUGAAGGGUCUCGUUAUGGCUAUCUUCUUAUUUAUGUCAGCUGUUUCUGCUGCUUUAUCUCAAGCUUUAGUCUCGACUUUAGUUGACCCUCAUUUAAUUUGGCCAUUUGCCGGUAUGGGAAUUGUUGGAUUCGUCGCUGCAGGUAUUUUCUUCUUCCAAUUCAGAAACUUACAUGAAGAAAUGGAAAUAGAAAGAGUUCAGAGAGAACUUUACCAACAAUCUUUAGGACUGGAAGAAAACCAUGAUAUCAAUGUUACCCUCGGUGCUAUCAUUGAUGACAAUAACUUGGAAGCAGUUACCUCAAUCAAGACAGGAGUGGGAAAAUAG